CGCAUGCGCGCAGUUAGUCCUUUUGGCUUCCCUCAUGGCCACGGUGUUGUAAAAUGGUCGAGAAAGGAGGCAUGGCUCACAGCGAAAAGGAGACGGACGGUGACCCGCAAAAGACUAGUGUGCUCAAUGGAGACGACGAGCUUCCAAGCUUCAGUGAUCCCGAGGACUAUGUUGACGACAUCACCGACGAAGAGCUCUUGGGUGACAUCCUGCAGCACCGGCCCGCUGAAGCCGACGGCGUCGAGAGCGUCAUCGUUGUUGACAACAUCCCCCAAGUCGGUAGCGACCGGAUAGAGAAGUUAAAAACUGUUCUCAUGAAGAUCUACUCUCAGUUUGGCGAGAUCAACACCGAAUACAUACCUGUCGACGAGACAGGAAAGACGAGAGGGUACAUGUUCUUGGAGUACAAGAAUCCCCAGCAGGCGCAGGAGGCCGUCAAGGUGACGAACGGACACAAGCUUGACAAGCAACACUCCUUUGUUGUCAACCUCUUCACAGACUUCCAGAAAUAUGAGAACAUCCCAGAGGAUUGGAAACCACCCCAGCCACAGCCAUACGUCGACCACGGAAACCUGAGGCAAUGGCUGCAGAACCCCGACUGCUACGACGAGUACAGUGUGAUGUACUGUGGAGGAGAGCGUGUGGCCAUAUACCUCAACAGCACACAAGAGCCUACUGUGAUCAAGGACAGAGAGCGUUGGUCCGACGGCGGUGUGAUGUGGUCUCCGCUGGGAACCUACUUUGCCACCUUCCACCAGCAGGGCAUUGCCCUGUGGGGCGGGCCCAGCUAUGCUCAGAUCAUGCGGUUCAGCCAUUUUGGCGUCAAGUACAUCGACUUCUCGCCCUGCGAAAACUACUUGGUCACGCUAAGCCCACCAUCUCCCGAAGCAUACGCGGCGCACCAGAAGGGCUUGCCGCCGCCUGACGACGGGAGCCAGACGGUGAUCGUCUGGGACAUCCGGACGGGCCUCAAGAAGCGUUCGUUCAUCGCCGACGCCGAGAUCACUAUCUGGCCCAUGUUUCGGUGGAGCAGCGACGACCGUUUCUUUGCCCGCAUGACCUCCGACAUGCUGAGCAUCUACGAGACACCCUCGUUCGGCCUGCUCGACAAGAAGUCCCUCAAGAUCCCGGGCAUCCGCAACUUCUCCUGGUCGCCCGUGUCCAACAUCCUUGCCUACUGGGUGGCCGAGGACAAGAACGUGCCGGCGCGAGUCACCCUCAUCGAGGUGCCAUCGCGCCAGGAGCUGCGUGCCAAGAACCUCUUCAACGUCGCCGACUGCAAGAUGCACUGGCAGAAGUCUGGCGACUACCUCUGCGUCAAGGUGGACCGCUACACAAAGGCCAAGCGCGAAAAGAACGAGUGGAAGUACAGCGGAAUGUACUUCAACUUUGAAAUCUUCCUGAUGAAGGAGAAGCAGAUUCCCGUAGACAGUCUUGAGAUCAAAGAUUCGAUCGUGGCAUUCGCCUGGGAACCCGUUGGCAGCAAGUUUGCCAUCAUCCACGGUGACAGCCCGCACAUCUCCGUCUCCUUCUACGGCGUAAAGCCCGGCGCAUCGGCGGUGCUACUCAAGAAGUUUGAGCGGAAGCAGUGCAAUCACCUCUUCUGGUCUCCCAGCGGCCAAUUCAUCGUGCUCGCCGGCCUGCGGACCAUGAAUGGAACCCUAGAGUUCAUCGACACUGCCGACUUCACCAUGAUGAAUCAGAACGACCACUUCAUGGCGUCGGACGUCGAGUGGGACCCCACCGGACGUUACGUUGUUACCGGUGUCAGUUGGUGGCUCCACAAGACGGACAAUGCCUACUGGAUCUGGUCGUUCCAAGGGCGCAUCCUGCGUAAGUGCAACCUGGACCGCUUCUGCCAGCUGAUGUGGAGGCCCCGGCCCCCAUCGCUACUCACUGAAGAGAAGCUAAAGGAGAUCCGUAAGAACUUCAAGAAAUACUCCGAACAGUUCGACCUCAAGGACAAGGCCUCGCUCAGCAAGGCAUCCAAGGAGGUUAUGGAGAAGCGGAAACGAAUGUUGGAAGAGUUCCGGGCCCUCCAAGAGCGCAAGACGAUCGAGUACAACUCCGUGCGAGACAUCCGUAUGGAGCUUCGAGACGGUGUGGACACUGACGAGCUUGACAGCAAUCUGGAAGACCUGGAGGAUGAAGUCGUCGAGUUCCUUGUGAAGGAAGAAGAGAUAGCUGUGGAAGGUGGUGACACAGACUGAAGGACUGUGCUGAGAGAGCCAUGUCUCCACCAGGCCAUCCUGGUAGCUGCUCAGAUGAUAAAAAUGCCUCCUUGUUUAUCUGUUUGCCCAACGUCAA